AUGCCAAAUGUCCGCAACCGACCGGUCAAUUUCAGCACCCGAUCUACUGUGAACUGUACUAUAACUGUUGGAAAGGUAUCUCACAUUUGUCUAACUGUCCCCAGAAUCAGUAGUGGUAGUGGUAGUGGUAGUGGUAGUGGUAGUGGUAGUGGUAGUGGUAGUGGUAGUGGUAGUGGUAGUAGUGAUGACAGUAGUAGUAGUCGACAGCACCGACACCGACCAGACAUUACUAUAUUCAUACAUACGGGUUGUUCGGGCCGUAAGUACUCAGAUAGGCGACAACAGUUACGCCGAGGAUGGGUGGGUGCAGCCAAACAACGAUACCCCGAACUGGACAUAUGGUUUAUCAUUGGUCAGUGUCGGCAACCGGCGGACAACCAGCUAAUCCUAGACGAGUCCCUCAGAUAUGACGAUAUACUGCAAUUUGAUUUCGUCGACGACUAUCGUAAUCUAUCGUUGAAAACGAUUGCAAUGAUCGGUUGGCACCGAUACCGAUGCCCAUUGACCCGACUAUUGUUGAAAGCCGAUGACGACGUAUUUGUCAAUAUUGAUCGGCUAGUCGUACAGGUAUUGCCCGUUUUUCUGGUCAAUAGUCGACAGCAGCCGCCGCCGCCACUGGGCAUACAUGGUUUGAUAGCAUUGGGACAAUUGGUUUCCCGUUAUAGGUAUCAGAAAAAUUUCGUACCCCAUACGGUCUGGCCCAGUGGGGCGGGCGGCGGCGACUAUCUACCGGUAUCCGUAUACGGUGGUGCAUAUCUAAUGGACAACCAGACCCGUGAUAGACUACUCGAUGGUUUACUGGUCGACCAAAACAACAAUCGGGACCUGCCUGUAGUCGACAUACCCGAAGAUCUGAUGCUAAUCGGUUUGCUGGCCAAUCGUACGGGUAUUCAUCUAUAUUAUAGCCAUCAAUGGUUUACGGGCGACAAUUGCCAGUGUCCUAAUCGUUUGCAUACCGUUCCCAUACACUAUGAAUGUCCGAAUCAAUGGGAAAUUUGCCAACAACAGUUACGACAACACUAUCUAUCGCUGACCCGAAUCGUAACAAUUGAACCAAAACACAGACAUUGCAGUAGUAGUAGUAGUAGUGAUGACAGUAGUAGUAGUAGUAGUGGUAGUAGUGAUAGUCGACAGCACCAACACCACAGACCAGACAUUACUAUAUUCAUACAGUCGGGCUGUUCGGGCCGUAAGUACUCGGAUAGACGACAACAGUUACGCCAGGGAUGGGUGGGUGCAGCCAAACAACGAUACCCCCGGCUGGACAUAUGGUUUCUAAUUGGUCAGUGUCGACGUCAACCAGUAGUGGACAACCAGCUAAUCCUAGACGAGUCCCACAGAUAUGACGAUAUCUUGCAAUUUGAUUUCGUCGACAACUAUCGUAAUCUAUCGUUGAAAACCAUUGCAAUGAUCGGUUGGCACCGAUACCGAUGCCCAUUGACCCGACUAUUGUUGAAAGCCGAUGACGAUGUAUUUGUCAACAUCGACCGACUCAUACAAUUGUUACCCGAUUUCGGUAACGGCCUGUACGGACAUAUAUGGCCGGGACCAAUAGUACCCCGAUUCAAGCACGAAGUAAACUAUAUAUCCCAUACUGUCUGGCCAUCGGUGAACAUCGGCGACGACUAUAUGCCGCCAACUGUUAUCGGUUCGGCCUAUAUUAUGGACAAUCAGUCACGUGACCAACUGUUAGCCGGUUUAUUGGACAACAAUCAGUUGGACAUACCUGUUAACGGUGUACCCGAAGAUGUUUUCAUCAUUGGUUUGCUGGCCAAUCGUACCGGUGUUCCGCUCAUACAUAGUCCCUAUAUAAUGUUUGAUCAGUGUCUAUGCCCUAACCGUUUGCAUACGUUUCCCGUACAUUAUGAAUGCCCCGAUCAGUUAGAUUUGUGGCAUAGAUUUACCGAAAAUAAUACUACAAGUAGUAGUAGUAGUAGUAGUAGUAGUAGUAUUAGUAGCAAACUAUUGGAUUUAGUAUGCGAUAUACCAUACUAUCUAUCGGGUUAUCAAUGGUAUACUAAACUCUAUCGGAGGCCAGUUAUCAAAAUAUUUGUCCGCAGUCUAACCUAUUUAUUAUUAGUAUUUUAUGAAUGGUUUACUGGUAUUAAAACCGGUAAAUAUAUUGAUUAG